AUGGCGACCAAUCCACUGGCCGGUGGUGCAGCACAACAAGGCAUGACGCCUGAGCAGCAACAGCAAGUUAAAAUGAUCACGGGCUUGAUGGAGUCGUGUCCUGUAAAGACAGCCAUGGCAGGUGGUGCUGGCUUUGUUAUGGGUGGUGCUUUUGGUCUGUUCAUGUCAUCGUUUGAGUUUUCAGGACCAAGUAUGAGACCCGAGUUAUUGGAGCAAAGUACCAAGGUUCAAAUGAAGGCUGUUCUCAAGGAUAUGGGCACACGAUCCUAUUCGAUGGCAAAGAAUUUUGCAGUGGUUGGUGCCAUUUACUCUGGUACUGAAUGCUGUAUUGAAUCAUAUCGUGCAAAGAACGAUCUUUACAACAGUGUCGCUGCUGGAUGCUUUACAGGAGGUGCAUUGGCUGCAAGAGCUGGUCCUCAAGCGGCAGCUUUUGGUUGUGCAGGCUUUGCUGCUUUCAGUGCUGCCAUCGACUAUUACAUGAAGAGCUAA